AUGGUCAGGUGGCUAUGUGUUCACUUCUGCUCGUCGCAGCAGGAUAUGCCUGCCGUUACUCUGGUUAAUGAGAUCCAUGAGAUGGAUCCUGCUGGCAUCAUUCCCAAUGGUACCCAAAAGGGCAAGGCUCCUGAUGAGAGGCUCAUCAUCAUUAAGGGGUAUGGGAUACAGAUGGAAACUAUGAUGCUAUCUGGCAGUCAAACUACCAAGGCGCUUGCAUUAGGUGAAAUGGAGAAUAUGCUGAUCAAUGAGGCAAUACUCAUCAACAAAGUUAUAUUCUACUUGGCAAUCCCCCUAAAAAGAACCAACGGUGUAGUGACGCCAUUUGAGCAUCUUAUUCCAAGGCUAAACGAGCUAAAACUUAUAUAUCGCACAUUCAAUGAAGUGUUCGAGGCAGGUAUGGAUAAUACUACAAUUCCAAAUGUGGAAUAUGACACCGACAGCGUGGACAGUGUCCAUGAAUGUGAAACUUCGUAG